GGCGGUGAAGGAUCAGCACCCGGCCCUCCCGGAAGUUGUUGUGCAAUCGUUUCCGGGGCAGCGUGAGGCGGAGGAAGAGUCCCAAUGGGUCGCAGCCGCAGCCGCUCCCCACGGAGGGAGCGCAGGCGGUCCCGGUCCACAUCUCGUGAGAGAGAACGCAGGCGCCGAGAACGGUCCCGGUCCCGGGAGAGAGAUCGUCGAAGGAGUCGAUCUCGAUCCCCGCACAGAAGACGCUCCAGAUCCCCAAGACGGCAUAGAUCCACAUCUCCUUCCCCUUCUCGACUGAAAGAAAGAAGAGAUGAGGAAAAGAAAGAAACAAAAGAAACAAAGAGCAAAGAACGUCAGAUUACUGAGGAGGACUUAGAGGGCAAAACAGAGGAAGAAAUCGAAAUGAUGAAGUUAAUGGGAUUUGCCUCUUUUGACUCCACAAAAGGGAAAAAGGUGGAUGGCUCUGUAAAUGCCUAUGCCAUAAAUGUGUCUCAGAAGAGGAAGUACAGGCAGUAUAUGAAUCGAAAAGGCGGAUUCAACAGACCUUUGGAUUUCAUUGCAUGAGAACUAAAAUGUUAAAGAAUGAUGUUUUUUCUUCAUCUUGCUCAGAAGAGUGGAUUUUGUAUUUCAUAUUUAAUAUUCAUAAAAAGCAGGAUCAUAGUCCUUCCUCCUUAUAAAAGUAAGACUAUGUUAUUUAUGAUAUGUGCAUUUCACUUACCCUGACUCAAAAAAAGGAAGGUUAAUACUUUUUUCUUUUAGGAAAUGUCAGUUGGGGCAAUCGGCAACCCCAAGUCUUUGUUCUUAUUGUCGUGGGCGCCGUAUAUGUUUUCUUCUUGGAUACCUGUUAGGACUUUUUAAAACAACGUAAAAGUAAUUUGGAUGUAAGUUUGUCAAAUAAAGCAAUAUUUCUACCCUUUUGUAUUUGA